ACUCUUUUUCACAACAACAAACAACGAUGACUACCUCUUCCACCACCUCGGUAGCACCGCUAGCAAACAUUAAACCGAAACGUUGAAGCUCUUUACUCCAACGUUGCGCUUAUUAAGUGGUUUCAACACACUGUCGUCAUAGUUACUAAUUACUCCAUUUACGUUGUCUACUACCUGGCUUGUUAUGUUAGUUUAACUCUGGGCUAGUCGCUAAUGCUGACUAAGUAACAUCCCUGACCAUGAGUUCACUAAACGACUCCCCUCCUGCUAAAGAAGAAGAGGUCUGCUGGACGGAGAAAGAAACUGGGGCUGAACGUUGUCGUGAAAGAAAAAGAGGAGGAUGAUGAAGAGGAUGCCGUUUUUGGAGUGAAGGGGGGGAAGGAGGAGGAAGAAGAAGCUUUCAGAAUAAUAAAGGAGGAAGAUGAGGCUAUCACAUUGAAAGAAGAAGAGAAGGAUGUAAUAGUGAAAGAAGAGGAGGCCAUCUCAAUAAAAGAGAAGGAAGACGUUUUGGGAGUGAAAGGGGAGGAGGAGGCUGAAGAUCUGAAUAACACCACAGGAGAGAGACCAGAUUCUAACUCUGACAGCGGGAAGAGUCCCUCAGUGGAACCAGACCCAGAGAUGCCCAAACCAGAAAGACGACACCCCUGCUCCCAAUGUGGAAAGAGUUUUACUACAUUAGAAUACCUGAAAGUACAUAAAAGAAUAAUACACUUUGGAGAAAAGCCAUACCACUGUUCAGACUGUGGUAAGGAAUUUAGCCGGUUAGAUGGCCUGAAACAACAUGAGAGAAUACACUCUGGGGAGAGGCCUCAUCACUGCUCUCAGUGUGGAAAGAGUUUUAGCUGGUUAGGGAGCCUGAAAAUACAUGAGAAAACACAUACAGGGGAGAAGCCUUACCACUGCUCUCAUUGUGGAAAGAGAUUCUCCCAGUUAGGGCAUCUAAAAGGGCAUAAGAGAACGCACACUGGAGAGAGGCCUUACCACUGCUCCCAGGGUGGGAAGAGAUUUACCCAGUUAGGAAACCUAAAAAAUAAUGAGCUAAUACACUCUGUAUAUAAGCCUUAUCACUGCUCCCAGUGUGAAAAUACAUUUUUCUCAUCAGAUUCUCUGAGAAAACAUGAGACAACACACUCUGAUGAGAAACCUUUCCAUUGUUCCCAGUGUGGCAAGAAUUUUUUUGCAUUAGGGUCCCUGAAGGAACAUGAGCGAACACACACAGCAGAGAAACCCUACCAUUGCUCUAAGUGUGUAAAGACUUUUUCCUCAUCAAAAUACCUCAAGAAACAUAAAAGAAUACACUCUGGAGUGAAACCUUACCACUGCCCCCAGUGUGAAAAAAGUUUUGCCCGCCCGAGGGACCUGAAAUAUCAUGAGGACACACACAGGAGAGAAGCCUUACCGCUGUUCUCAGUGUGGAAAGACAUUUUCUUAUCAGGACAACUGAAAAGACAUGAGCUAACACACUCUGUUGAGAAGUCUUUCCACUGCUUCCAGUGUGGGAAGGAUUUCACCCAGUCAAGAUACCUGAAAAAACAUGAGCUAAUACACUCUGUGGAGAAACCUUACCACUGCUGCCAGUGUGAAAAAAGUUUUACACGGUCGGGGGACCUAAAAUAUCAUGAGAGGACACACACAGGAGAGAAGCCUUACCGCUGCUCCCAGUGUGGAAAUAAAAAAAAAUUAUCAGGACACCUGAAAAGACAUGAGCUAACACACUCUGUAGAGAAACCUUUCCACUGCUUCCAGUGUGGGAAGGAUUUCACCCAGUCAAGAUACCUGAAAAAACAUGAGCUAAUACACUCUGUGGAGAAACCUUAAUGUCCGAAGCCAUUAUUUAUACUGUGUAAUUUAAUCCUUUUUACAUUUGUGUACCUUUUACCAUCCAUAUCAAUUCGAACCUGUCUAUGCAUACAGGAAACCAUUAUUUCCUUCACCACUUAACAAAAAGGAACUGUGUGACAAACCUGGACGUUCUUUAAAAGAAGUGGUCAUUUUUAGAAUGUUGGGACAUUGUUUGAAGCCACAUCACAUGGACUUAACGUUUAUCAGGAAACACACACAGUGCUCCCAUUGGCUGAUAUCUUUGACUGAGAAUGGGUUUAUGUUUAUGCCACAUUAAUAAAAUAAAGAUGGGUCUUAUAAAAGCAUACUUCACUGCUGAAUUUGCAAGAAUAUAACUUUUCUUUCAUUUUGAUUUCGGCACAAAUUAAAAUGUGUCACUGACAUGGAUUGAUGUUUCAGCAUCGUGCGACAUAAACGUGCAGUUACAAGCCUAGCUCAAGCAUGCUUGAGUGGGUGCCAGAUCAAUAUCCAUCUUCAUAAUACGGAUAGCAUGUAGCCUGAGCUAGAAUGUGAAGCUAACUAGUUGGCUAGCUUUAUACAGUACAAGAGAGUAGAUCUAGCUAGCUUUAUACAGUAUAAGCCUGAGUAGAUCUAGAUAGCGUUAUACAGUAUAAGCCUGAGUAGAUCUAGCUAGCUUUAUAUAGUAUAUGUCUGAGUAGAUCUAGCUCUCUCUCUCCAGACAUACUCAAACCUAGGAGAGGCCCUCAUUUAUAGAACACAACCCCGCUGAUGGUUCUGGUCAUGGUUGGGGUCAAACAGGGUUCAAACCGACUUUCAGACCCUCAACCCCCCCCCCCCCUAGAAUAUUGCUGUGAUGUUUAAACUUUAUUUGUAGAUGUAGAACUUGAAAUAGAAUUGACUUUAGAUUUUUUUAAACAAUGAUAUUAGACUAAAAUGUAGUUUAAAAACUAAGCCUUUUAUGAUUCAGGGCUCUUGGUCUCUAACCCCUCACCUGCUGCUUUUAGUUGCUCCUCCGCCAGGUCUUUGUUCCUCUGCCCCGACCACUUCCCACCCUUCCCCCAUUUUCUGCAACAUGGCCUGGCCAAAGAUACUUAUAACUAACUCCCCAAUUAGUAGAGCUAGAGAGAGAGAGUGUUUGAGUCUAGCUUUGAUGUCUGUUUAAAAUGUUGUGACAUUCAAGUUUGUUAUGUUUAAUAUAGCUGGACUAAGAUUGAAACCCUGUCUCCCUCUCCAAUUUAUUUGGAUAUAUUGAAUAAAGUUGGACUCAGAGUGCAACCUUGUCUCGCUCCCCAAUUAAUUUGUAAGCUUUGAAUAAAGUUGGACAAAGACUGCAACCUUGUCUCACUUCCCAAUUAAUUUGAAAAUGUUGAAUAAAGUUAGUUGGCCUCAGUCUGCAACCAAGUCUCACUCCCCAAUUAAUUUGUAUAUAUUGACCAAAGUUGGACAAAGACUGCAACCUUGUCUCGCUCCCCAAUUCAUUUGUAUAUAUUGAAUAAAGUUGGCCUCAGACUGCAACCUUGUCUCAAGAAGACAUACCACUGCUCUCAUUGUGGAAAGACAUGGACCUGAAAUCACAUGAGAGAAAAGAGAGGCUGUGUUCUGACUUUUGCUUUUGACUGAAAAUGUCUGUUUUUCUCAUGUAAUCUAAUUGUAUAUAUAAAAUCAUACUCAUGA